AGAGGCCGCCAAAUCGCGCGGGUGGGGCGGGGCGGAGGGCGGCGAGAAGAUGGCGGCCAAAGGCGGCAGGAACGGGCUGCUCGAUAAGCCUGUCUAGGAAGCUGUUGGUUUUAGGACAUAAGCAGCUGGACUAAAAACUUGAGUUUUGACAGUGAGAUGGAUGCGCCGUGCUUUAAUGCCAGGCGAACCACGCUGCUGCCACGAGCAGAGACUCCCAGCCGUGACAAACAUCCCUGAGUGGAAAAUCGACGACAAACCAGUCAAGAUUGACAAAUGGGACGGCUCGGCCGUGAAAAACUCUUUGGACGACUCUGCCAAAAAGGUCCUCUUGGAGAAGUACAAAUACGUCGAAAACUUCCGCCUGAUCGAUGGGCGCCUCAUCAUCUGCACCAUCUCCUGUCUCUUCGCCAUCGUGGCUUUGAUCUGGGAUUACCUGCACCCCUUCCCCGAAUCCAAGCCCGUCCUCGCGUUCUGCGUCGUCUCAUAUUUUGUGAUGAUGGGAAUCCUGACUAUCUACACCUCCUACAAAGAGAAGAGCAUCUUCCUGGUGGCUCACAGAAAGGACCCGGCUGGGAUGGACCCCGACGACGUCUGGCAGCUCUCCUCCAGCCUCAAACGGUUCGAUGACAAGUACACCCUGAAGCUGACCUUCAUCAGUGGGAAAACCAAACAGCAGAGAGAAGCCGAGUUCACCAGGUCCAUCGCCAAGUUCUUCGACGCCAACGGGACGCUGGUGAUGGAGGCCUAUGAGCCCGAGGUCUCCAAGCUGCACGACAGCCUGGCUCUGGAGAAGAAAACCAAGUGA